AUGUCGACGGCGAUCGCCGCGGUCGUCGCCUGUGCGCUGCUCUCCGCGGCGCUCUGGUACGGCCGCCGCCGGUACAAGCGGCGCAUCCGCACCCUGACCAGGCGUGUGGUGAUCGAGGCGUCGCCGGAGGAGUUCGCCGUGCCCGUGGUGCGCAUCGAGCCGUGCAGAGCGUCGGAGGGUGGCGCGGCGUCGCCCGCCUACCUGCUGCCGUCAGACCCGGCCUGGGAGGUGGCGCACGAUCGGCUCCAGCUGGCCGACUGUCUGGGCGAGGGCUGCUUCGGCCGCGUGGUACGCGCCCGCCUGCGGCCGGCCGGCCGGCAAACGCACCCCGUCCGCGUCGUCGCCGUCAAGAUGCUGAAAGAGCACCACUGCGACACGGACCUGAUGGACCUGGUCUCCGAAAUGGAGAUGAUGAAGAAGGUCGGAUCGCACGUGAACGUCGUCAGCCUGAUCGGCGCUUGCACGCGCGGCAGCUCUCUGAUGGUCAUCAUGGAGUACGCCGAGCACGGCAACCUCCUGACGUACCUGCGCGAGCGACGCGAGAGGGCAGAGUGCGAGCGGCCGUUCGACGCCGAACUGCCUUCUUUGUGCGACCUGGUCAACUUCGCCUUCCAGGUGGCCCGCGGGAUGGAGUACCUGGCCAGCCGGAAGUGUAUCCACCGAGACCUGGCCGCCCGGAACGUGCUAGUCGGCGAGGACAAGACGCUGAAGAUCGCUGACUUCGGCAUGGCCAGGGACGUCAGGGAAAAGGACUACUACCGCAAGGUCACCGGUGGCCGGCUGCCGGUCAAGUGGAUGGCGCCCGAGGCGCUGUCCGACCGACUGUACACCACUGGGUCUGAUGUCUGGUCGUUCGGCGUGCUGUUGUGGGAGAUCAUGACAAUGGGCUGCGUGCCAUACCCGACCGUCAGCAGCGUGGACGAGCUGGGCGACUGGCUGCGGCAGGGUCGGCGCAUGGCCCGGCCGGCCGCCUGUCCCGCCAGCGUGGACGACGUGAUGCUGGACUGCUGGAGUCUGGAGCCGGCCGAGCGGCCCUCGUUCGGCCGGCUGGUGCAGCGGGAGUACGUGGCCAUGGUCUCGCCCCAGCCGCACGUCGAGUACGCGAAGGUGGAGGUGCUGUCUGCGUCGCCCUCCGCGUCGGCCUUGCCCUCGCCGCCGGACAGCUCAGACUGA